GGGUUGAGUAGAGUGGCGAUGGUAAUAGCACAACACAUUUCAGUUUCUGUCAAAGUGAAACGUCAAGCGAAAUACAAAAUGCAAUUAGUCGUGACUUUCGCUCGGCACCGUGAUGUGUGUUUUCGGGAGAUAGUCAAUUUUAUAAUCGAACAAAAUACGGCAUGUAUUAAAUGAAACAAAAAAACAAAUUUUAUAAAUAACAUACAAAAUGUCACGACUAGAGGAGAUAAGAAAUAGGUUAGAAACACACAAGCAACAACAUUUACUGCAGUUUUGGGACGAAUUAAACGAUGUUGAACGCGAUGAACUUAUCCAAGACAUCGAUGAAUUGAAUUUGGAAGAAGUUAAUUUGUAUUUUGAGAGAGCGUCAUCGGAUUUGGGCGAUAUUAAUGGAAAGUUAGAUGAUCUACUUAAACCGAUUCCUAGUGACCAAUAUGAAUCCGUUGACACGACAGAUCCCGCGCAAAUUCAAACAUAUUAUGAAGAAGGUUUGAAACAAAUAUCGCAGAACAGGGUCGGAGUGCUGUUGAUGGCGGGCGGACAAGGCACAAGGCUUGGAUUUUCCUCUCCCAAAGGUAUGUACAAGGUUGGUCUACCCAGUCAAAAAUCUCUGUUUCAAAUUCAAGCUGAGAGAAUACGACGGCUGCAGCAACUCGCUUAUAAACAAACAGGUAUCGAAGGGAAUAUUACAUGGUAUAUAAUGACGAGUGAACACACUAUGCACCCCACGAUGGAUUACUUCGAAAGCAAUGAUUACUUUGGCCUAGAAAGGUCAAAUGUAAUAAUGUUUGAACAAGGAAGUAUGCCCUGUUUUGACUUCGAAGGUAAAAUAAUCUUGGACCAGAAACACAGACUCGCCAUGGCCCCAGAUGGCAACGGAGGUUUGUACCGUGCUCUUCGAGACAGAGGAAUUUUAGAUGAUAUAGAACGAAGAAAUGUACAUUUUUUGCACACACACAGUGUGGAUAAUAUAUUGAUUAAAGUUGCAGACCCUGUAUUUGUUGGUUAUUGUUCUUUAAAUAAUGCGGAUUGCGCAAAUAAAGUUGUUGAAAAAACUUCUCCAACCGAAGCCAUUGGUGUCGUCUGCAAAGUGGAUGGUAAGUAUCAAGUCGUUGAAUACAGUGAAAUAAGUUCUGAAACCGCGCAUUUGAGAAAUAAAGACGGUCGCCUUACAUUUAGUGCUGGAAAUAUUUGCAAUCAUUUAUUUUCUGCACCCUUUCUACGAAAGGUGGCAAACAUUCAUGAGGCAAAACUAAAGUUGCAUGUUGCCAAGAAAAAGAUUCCUUACGUUGAUAAUUCAGGUCAUAGAAUAACACCAGAUAAGCCAAAUGGUAUCAAAAUUGAAAAGUUUGUGUUCGAUGUUUUUGAGUUUGCAGAAAAUUUCUUAGCAUUUGGAGUUAAACGGGAUGUUGAAUUUAGUGCUUUGAAGAAUUCAGAUAGUGCUGGAAAAGACUGUCCUUCGACAGCAAAAGCAGAUCUUUUGAGACUGCAUAAAAACUACAUUGAACAAGCUGGUGGAGAAGUACUCGAUUAUUGUGAAAUAUCUCCUUUAGUCACUUAUGCCGGUGAGGACUUGGAAAAUCUCGUAAGAAAUAAAAUAGUCAGCAAUCAAAUUGUUGCUGCAUCAGAAGAAAUAAUUUUAACCAAUGGUAAUCAUUGAUUGAUUGA